AUGGCUGAGGCAAUUGUUAAUCUUGUCUUGGAGCAGCUGCUUCAAAUCACUACUCAAAAGAUAGGGGAAGAGGUGAGUCUUGUUGGUAAUGUCAAAAUUGAAGUAGAAAAACUUCGGAGCAAUCUUCGAGCCAUUCAAGCUGUGCUACUUGAUGCAGAGGAGAGGCAAAUGAAGGACAAAGCUGUGAGACGUUGGUUAGAUCAGCUCAAAGACACAUCCUACGACAUGGAAGAUGUGUUGGAUGAGUGGAAUACUGAAAUCAUGAAGUUGCAGGUUGAAGGAGAUCUUGAAGAUGCUCCUGCUCCUAAGCAGAAGGAAAUGAAGAGUAUAGAAGCACCUGAACGAAUUCGAACUACGUCUUUAGUUGAUGUGGCUGAAAUAUAUGGUCGAGAAUUUGAGAAGAAUUCUUUAGUUAGUAAGUUGUUAGAUGAGAGAAAUGAAGAACAAAAAGACCUUUCCGUCAUCUCACUUAUAGGGAUGGGAGGAAUUGGAAAAACAACUCUUGCUCAACUAGCUUACGAUAAUGACGAGGUCAAAAGUCAUUUUGACACAAGAGUUUGGGUGUGUGUAUCAGAUCCUUUUGAUGAGUUAAGAGUUGCUAAAUCAAUCAUUGAAGGAUUGAAAUGUCAUACUGAUAAUUUAGUUGAAUUGGAGUCUCUUUUGCAAUGUAUUCAUCAAUGUAUUUCUGGCGAGAAAUUUCUUCUCGUUUUAGAUGAUGUGUGGUUAGAAAAUUACAAUAAAUGGAAACAAUUUUAUUAUUGUCUAAAGUAUGGCUCCCAUGGUAGUAAAGUUUUGAUUACAACAAGGAAAGAUACAGUUGCAUCUACUAUGGGAUCAGUUGAUCCUAUCAUUGUGGAGAAAUUAUCUGAGGAGGAAUGUUGGUUGUUGUUUAGACAAUUCGCAUUUUCUGGUAGGCCUCCUAAAGAGUGUGAAAAUUAG